UUCUGGCAGACGUUCAAAGCGCGCGGCGUCAAUCUCGGCAACUGGCUCAUUCUAGAAGAAUGGAUGGACUCAGGCUACUAUCAACAAGCGGCGCCCGGUGCACAGGCAGAUGAAUGGUCAUUCUGUGCAACCUUGGGAAAAGAAGCUUGUGAAUUGCAGCUGCAGGCGCAUUGGACAACCUAUGUCACAGCGAGUGAUAUCCAAGCGUUGCAGCAGGCGGGCAUCAAUUUGCUGCGGAUACCUAUCGGACACUGGGCUCUUGUUGCACCUGCGGCCGAUGAGCCCUAUGUCAUGAGCAACCAGAUGGACCACGUCACGCGCAUUAUGGAGCAGGCGUCGUUGCAUGGGUUGUAUGUGGUGCUGGAUUUGCAUGGCCUCCCUGGCUCUCAAAAUGCAAAGGACCAUUCAGGUCAUCAAGGCGAGAUUGGAUGGUUUAGCAAAGCAAAUCAGCAGAAAAGUCUCGAUGUGGUGCAGGCGGCCAUGCGCUACAUUCAAGCAUCCCCAUAUCGAGGCUCGGUUGCUGCGCUUGAGCUGUGCAAUGAGCCCAACAUCACAACCAAAGACCGCCGCAAAACGUAUGAAGCCUACCUCAAGUCCGCCAAGCAAAUUGUGCAAAAAACAAACGCAAGCAUGCCCAUCAUGUUUCACGAUGGCUUCCAGGGCAUCAAGUCUUGGUCAGAUUACGGCAAAAACAAUAAAGACAACUGGGUCUUGGAUGUGCACGAGUACUACACGGGCGCCUUGUCCAACUCUGAGCGGGCCGUGCAACAAGCAUGUGCUGUAGCAAAGACGAAAUCAAAACUGCCAGUAUUUAUUGGCGAAUAUAGCUUGUCUGUGGGAGGCGCCUACCAAAAUACAGACGCUUGGCGGUCUUCCAUUUGGCAAACUCAGCAACGUUUAUGGGAACAGCAGGCAGGUGGUGCAUUUUGGAGUUUAAAGGUGAAUGACAAAGGAGGCAGUCCCAACAAUGGUUGGAGUGCCGAGUCCCUGUUGUCGCAGAAUCUCAUGGAU